CACUCACUCACAAUUCCAAAUCAGCCAAUCCACCAGUCUGCAAACUCACCCCUAAGGCAAAGUCCGACCAGCAUAGCACGAACCCCUGAACGAAUCGACCACCGCGCCUGAAUUACGAACCCUCUUACACUCCCACCUCCUACCUCCUAUCUCCACCUUCACCUGUCACCUGUCACCUGUCACCCCUGACAUCCUCGCCGGCUCUUCACCUGGCACCCACCGAAUCAGUUUCCAUUCACAACAACAAUGGAAGGACCCAAAAACCGAAAACAACGCCGCGCAGCAGCGAAACAAACCCGACCCACCGACGCGUUCGACCCCGCCUCCGUCCCGCUCGCCCAUCCACCAACAGAUUCCACCAACCCGACCGGCAAAACCCUCGUGGAUAUCAUCGCUGAGCGACAGGGGGAACUACUGGGACAGCUUUCCACUCUCAAUGGGAAUGCAGGCACGCAGACACAGUUCGUGACCGUCGACCCGCGGACGGGGGAGAUCUCGGCCGUCGACGAGGGAAGUCUCUCGCACGAGACGAAGAAGAAGGCGAUGAGGCGGGCGGAGAAGGCGCGGCGGCGGCAGCAGCAGCAGCAGCAGCAGCAACAAAACACGAACGGAGGCGAGAACGAGAUCUCUAGCGAGGACGAGGAGGAAGACGCGGAGGACGAGGAGGGAGAAAAGCUCGAACACCCGAUCCCUCCGGUCAUCGACACGCUGCUCCUCGCGGUGCCGCUGACGACCCUCCAUCUGACGCUCGCCUACCUGGCCGCCCACCAGUACGCGCAGGAGAUCGAGCUGGACAAACUUGUCCGCGAAUCCGCCCUCGUGGCCCUCCCCAUGCUGGCGCUGUUGAUCCACCUGGCGCACGGGCAUAUUGUCUCCUUCAUCGGGGCGACGAACAGGCCCGGGGAGGAAGCGCUCUCGCUCUUGCCGUGGGACCGGGAGAAGCGGUCGUGGGCGUUCUUGCGCCGCCUCCUCUUCCCGCCGAGCCUACGCACCGUCGUCUUCCUCCCGCUGACCGUCUUCCUGGGGUGCAGGUUGAUGGUCAUGACCAACGAGGACCCCUACUACGCUGUCAUGAAGCAGGCGCCGGCUUUUGGGACCAUGUGGAUCUGGGGCGUGUUGGAGAUGUCCUUUGGACCUGCUGUGCUGGGGGCGCUGGGCCCGUUGGUUUGGGGCGUCUGGUGGAUGGGGUAUGGGAUUCUCUGAUCUAGAGGGGCUGGUUGUGAGUGUGUGAGCGAGAGCGGCGGGCUGUUGCUCGUCCGUCUACGGUUCCAGUUCCAAGGGAACUGGACUCCGUCACUCAUCCCCCAUCUCGUAGGAUGUGGAAAGAAGGGGGUUCAUCUUCCUCGCCGCAUGAAGGAUCCAUAUCC